CGGGAGAUUAGAAGACCCGCUUUCGUGCCGGUCCCUGGCAAGUGUGGGAGGGAUGGGUUAGGGAAGGGUGCGGUGGAGGGUUACUUAUAAGGAGACGGCAGUAACAGGUCCUUCCUUUUCCGGUUGGGGCCGUGGCGGAGUGAGGAGGGAGAGCCAGAGGCUCCUCUGCCAGCAUGGCUUGUACUCGUCCAUUAAUAUCUGUGUACUCCGAAAAGGGGGAGGUAUCAGGCAAAAAUGUCACCAUGCCUGCUGUAUUUAAGGCUCCUAUUCGCCCUGAUAUCGUGAACUUCGUUCAUACCAAUUUGCGCAAGAACAAUAGACAACCCUAUGCUGUCAGUGAACUUGCAGGACAUCAGACCAGUGCUGAAUCUUGGGGUACUGGAAGAGCUGUUGCUCGUAUUCCCCGAGUGCGAGGUGGUGGAACUCAUCGCUCUGGCCAAGGUGCUUUUGGAAAUAUGUGUCGCGGAGGCCGUAUGUUUGCCCCAACCAAGACUUGGCGACGUUGGCACCGCAGAGUAAAUACAACUCAAAAACGGUAUGCCAUCUGUUCUGCUUUGGCAGCUUCCGCUCUCCCAGCACUGGUCAUGUCUAAAGGCCACCGCAUUGAAGAGGUCCCAGAACUUCCUCUGGUAGUUGAGGACAAAGUUGAGGGUUACAAGAAAACCAAGGAAGCUGUUCUGCUUCUGAAAAAGCUUAAAGCAUGGAAUGACAUUAAAAAGGUUUAUGCCUCUCAGCGUAUGCGUGCUGGGAAGGGUAAAAUGAGGAAUCGCCGUCGUAUCCAGCGCAGGGGACCCUGCAUUAUCUAUAAUGAGGACAAUGGCAUCAUCAAGGCUUUUAGAAAUAUCCCAGGAAUUACUCUUCUCAAUGUAAACAAGCUGAAUCUUUUGAGACUUGCUCCAGGUGGCCAUGUUGGGCGUUUCUGCAUUUGGACUGAAAGUGCCUUCCGCAAGUUGGAUGAAUUGUAUGGUACCUGGCGCAAACCUGCUACCCUAAAGAGUGACUAUAACCUACCAAUGCAUAAGAUGACCAAUACAGACCUUGGAAGAAUCUUAAAAAGCCAGGAGAUCCAGAAGGCCCUGCGUGCACCAAAUAAAAAGAUUCACCGUAGAGUUCUCAAGAAGAAUCCUCUGAAGAACUUGAGAGUCAUGAUAAAACUGAAUCCAUAUGCCAAAACAAUGCGACGCAAUACUAUCCUGCGCCACGCUCAAAAUCACAAAAACAAACAAGAGAAGAAGUCAAAGGCUGCAGCAUAAUGCACUCAUCAGGCUUAUCCACUUAAGUUCUAAAGUCUGUACUGUGGAUUUACAACAAAUAAAUAUUCUAUUGAGUUGG